AUGUCACCAACUCUAUUGGAAUUUGAUGUUGGUCACAUCGUAGCGGCUGCAUCGUCACCUAAUGCUAAGGGCAUUCAACGGACUAAUAAGAGACUGUUUGAACAUAUCGAAUCCCCCUAUGUGUACGAUGUUGCAAACACUGAGACAGGUAUCACUGAGUGGAUCACGAUCUUAGACAGAUCCAUUUCUUUCGUCACGGAUACCCCUGCAUCGUUGAUGACAACAACAACGACAAAUGAAGUUGACGCUGACGAAGAUAAUAACGAGAUGAUAGAUGUAGAGUUUGUUCUAUCCAACUGCAAAAUGGCCUUGGAGGCCACGGGGUUGCUUACUUUGAAGUCUCAACUACCAGGUGCAAAGUCUACCACCCCCAAAAAGUUCCUCUCGUUGCAUACAGACAUGCCCGAGGAAGAUAUUACAGCUCUACAGCUGUUGAUUGAAUCCUAUAAUUAUCUUGGGGGGAGGAAACUUGGGAAUCGACUUCGCUUCCAAGGUUACGAUGUCACUAUCAGAAUGGACUAUAGUGUCAAUCUUGUUUCCAUCAACAUUAACUUCCAGUUAGCUUCAUUAUCGUCAUUAGUUCCUUAUCCUAGUGCUAAGAUUGUUGCGUACAUGCACAAGCUUAUCGAUCCGUAUCUGGUGUCACUUGGACCCCAUUCAUCAGCUAUAGGAAUAGAGACUUUCUAUGAAGCAAUAACAGACCACACGGCGAAGUUGCCUCCAGUGGAGCACGUUCUACCCAUCUCUGAAUUGUGUGCUGACUUGUUCCCUUUCCAACGGAAAUCAGUGAAAUGGAUGCUACAACAAGAACAUAUGGCUAUAACACCGGUCAAUAGUAUUGAGCCCAUGGCAUUCAUACAUCCAGAGAUCUUGGACCGACUCAAACGUUUGCUGCUGCUACAAUUAAGCAUUCAUGGUGAUCAUGAAAUUGAUGAAUGCUUGCUAACUUUAUUGGGUAAGUUAUGUUUUGGCUGGAGUCGUUUUAAAGAAGAUCUCUUCUAUAACCCUUUCACAGGAGCUCUUGCAAAGAGAUCUACUGUAGUAGGCUAUUUUAUCCGAUUACCUAAGGACGAAUACGAAGGUCUCCCUGGUGGUGGGUUGCUCUCAGAAGAAAUGGGGCUUGGGAAAACUGUGGAGAUUGCAUCGUUACUAAUUGCAAAUAAACGCCCAGAAUCAGAUGUUGGGACACCAUUGGAAGUCCAAAUGCAGCAAUUUGGUGAUAUCAAAGUCAUUGAAAGGGCUAGAACAACUCUCAUAGUGGCGCCUUCUUCUAUCCUUCUGCAAUGGGUAGGUGAAUUAAAGCGUUUGGCUCCUUCAUUGGCAAUUACUACAUAUAAAGGUGUUUCAAGCCACGAAUACAAGGGUCUAUUGAAUACUCCUAAGUUAGUUGCCAAAUACUUGUCUCAAUUUGAUGUUGUGUUUGCUACUUACGAUGUCAUUGCCAAUGAAUUGGACUAUGCUUUAUAUUCCUCUCGAAAUCGAAGAACAAGAAAUGCAACUAAAAGGGUUAAAUACGAUGAACAGAAGGAUGAAAUCGAAGUUUUAGGAGUAGUUGAUCCUAAUCAUGAAAGGUUCUUUGAGUUUAAAGUAAAGCUGAUAAAACCUCCAACUCCUAAUACUUGUACCUUAGCAGAAGGUUCGGAAGAAUAUGAUGAUCAAAAGAGCGAUUACGAACGAAUGUUACUACUGGAAUUUAAAGAUAUUGUCAUGGUACGUACCUCAAAUGCCAAAUUAUUACCUCGCCCUGAUUAUCUGUCUCCAUUAAUGAUGCUCCAGUUUUGGAGAGUUGUUCUAGAUGAAGUUCAAAUGGUUUCAUCAACAAUAUCUCGAGCUUUCCAAACAGCUUCUCUUAUUCCAAAACACCACGGCUGGGGCGUUAGUGGAACUCCUAUUAAGAGAAAGUUUAAUGAUUUACAUUCAGUUCUCAAAUACCUCAAGUAUGUUCCCUUUUAUGGGGAAUUGGGGGAUUAUAAUUGGGAGCUUGUAGCUCACUCUGAUGCAUUAUUUAGAAAACUAUGGACUCAAAUUGCUAUUCGUCAUACAAAAUCAAUGGUUGAGAGUGAUUUAAAACUACCUCCUCAGCAUCGAGUGUUAAUGACAAUCCCGUUUUCUGCUGUGGAGCAGGAAUAUUAUAAUCAAAUGUUUGCGGAAUGUGUUUAUCUGGUUGGACUUGAUCUUAAUGGCCAGCCAAAGUCUGACUCCUGGCUGCCAACUCCAGGUAACUUGGCUACGCUAAGAAGUUGGCUAGUAAAGCUAAGACAAGCAUGUUGUAACAUGCAAGUGGGGAAGUUAUCCAAAAUGUCGUUGGUGGCUUCCAAAAAGCUGGUGAAUGUUAUGGGACUCAAAUCAUUAAACGAUCUUCUUCUUGAUAUGCUUGAUAAGUCUGAGGAUUCUCUUAUAGAUGUGGAAAGAGAGAUUGUUCAACAGUAUAGUGACUUGGGUGAGUUGUUUGAAUUCAUCUAUGAGCCUGAAACAGCAUUAAGCUUCCUUAAAGUUGGGUCUUAUAAAGUUGAUUGUAUGAUUGUGGCUUUGAGAUCUCUCAUACUGCGUGACGUUCAAACGAUAUCAAAGAUCAUUGGACAGACAAUCAAACAAGAAUAUCAAGAAGAAGUAGAAGAAGAAGAACCAGAAUUGGACGAGAAAAUCAUAAGUCAACUUGAUGCCAACAUCAAAAAGGAAGUGCUCAGAUUACGGAGCAAUACAAAGAUCAAUAUACUUCGAGUAAGGAAUUGGCUCUUGAUGCAACAUAGAUUUUACUUUUUAAUUGGUUCAUCUUUCUUUCAGCUUCAUGAUGAAGAGUACCAAAAGCUCAUUAGUUACCGUCGCUUACCUAAUUUUUCAUUAUCAAAAAGUUUAACGAAGUUCAAGUCCCCUUCAGCAACAGCCUUAUUGUCUACCCUUGUAUGCGAUAUUCUGUUAGGGGAUUUGGAAUUCAGUCAUCCUACACCUGAGGUGAAGGCAGAAGAUACUUUCCAAGAAGAAUACUACAAGAAAAUGGAACUGCAGUAUUAUAGCUUAGCUGAGGAUUCCCGUAACCGCAUAUUGAAGUCAUCUACCAACGCAUUUACUAAGAGUAUAGAUGUCAAGAUUAAGUCAAGAGAAGAGUUUGAUUUUUUUUUCAAAGGGACUCAACGUGAUGAUGAUGAAGGUUUGACUUCACUUCCUAAGGCAACAAAGAAGAUUUUCAGGCGUCUUCCCAAAGUCAAUUUGACUAUUCUUGAUAAUGUUAGUUUACAUAUGUCUGUGGAUCUAUUCAUUAAUCGUUUGAAAGGGAUGUUGAUUGCUUUGAAUACUCAAGCAGAGACAAUCAAUUUGUGGAUGAACGAUCUAUUUGAAGUUAUAGUAUCACCGCUAUUAACACAAGAUCAAGAUCCUGAUGGAGAAGAAUAUGAAAAGUCAUUUAGAGACCAAGAUAAAGCUUCAUGUCUUCUACACAUUGUGAUGAGAGCAUUGACUGACCGUGAAAAGGCUCUACAAAGUAGCACAGACAAGAUCAUUGCAUCGGCUUCAGAUUCAGCCAUGGAGCCUCCAAGCAUUAACAAUAAGGAGAUGCUUGAAGCUUAUGAAUUGGAAAGGAAGAAUGUUAUGCCAACACUGAAGCUGAAAGCAUCGCUUGAUGGGUACAUGACUGAGUUCAAAGAGCUUAUAGGAGAGAUGGAGUUUGAACGAGGUAUCAGCUCCGAGACCCGAGAACUUCAACUACAAUUACUUGAGCUGGUCAUAACGAAGUUGGCUGUUAUACUGAAGAAUCAAAUCAGUAGCAUAAGUUUAUUAAGAAGGGAGUUGAGCAACUCGUGUAAUUCCGUUUUCAAUACAAGAGUAGCUUACUUCAAGCAACUUCAACAGCUUUCAGAUAGUGUUCAAAAGAAGGAAUAUGGUCUUGAUCAAGAUUCAUUGGAUGGUCAAAAAAUUGAUGUUCUUCAAGCAAGUCUUGUGGGGAAGUUGCAGCAGAUAGCUGAACGAAGUAGUAAAGCUAUUUCAAAGUUGAGGUAUGUACGCGCAUUAGCUGUGGACAGAGAUGGGGAAGAUAAGGAGGGAACAAACGGAAAUGACGAUGAAGAUGAUGAUGGUUGUUGUAUUAUUUGCAGCAAUGUUAUCACUAUAGGAUCUUUGACUCCAUGUGGCCAUAGUUACUGUCGAGAUUGUUUAUUAGAGUGGUUGAGAUCACACCACACCUGUCCCGUUUGUAAGUCGUUUGUUUCUGUUGGCACGAUUCAUGAUUUCAUCAAGUAUAAACCAGACUUAAAGGUGAAACAAGUUGUUCCAGAGACGGAGAGCAUGGAGCAUUCGAGACCCGAGAACUUAUUCACCAUAUACAAGGCAUUAGGAGAAGAGAGCAUUAGUCGUAUACAAAAUAUGGAGAUCAACAGUUAUUUUGGGUCUAAAGUUGAUUUGAUAGUGAAACAAGUGUUGUUUCUUAAGAGUGAAGACCCCGACGUUCAGAUUGUUGUGUUCAGUCAAUGGAGAGACCUUCUUUAUAUAUUAGGGACGGCCUUCAACACUGUGGGGGUUUCAUAUAUAGCGUCGCAAGGACUGUGGCUGCCCAAAUGUGAACUGCUUCCCAUGGACAUCAAGAAGGGUCGGAAACGGGGGGAUGAAGUUGAUUUGUUCAAGAACAAAAGUAAAGGUAUUACGUGUUUUUUACUUGAUGCCAGAGCACAAGCCAGUGGAUUGACUUUGGUCAAUGCAAAGCAUAUGUUUCUAUGUGAUCCACUUGUUAAUACUUCUUUGGAGCUUCAAGCGAUAUCAAGAAUCCAUCGUAUUGGACAACGUGACGAAACUACGGUGUGGAUGUUUGCUAUAGACAACUCUGUGGAGGAGAACAUUGUGCUUAUGUCCACCCAGAACCGGUUGAAGUAUCUUGGAGAGAAUGACGAUAAGAAGAUCACCAUGGCCGAGUCACUUGCCCUUAUGAGCAGUGGAGGCAAUGAUACCAUGAUAUCGAGUCAUGACGGAGAAGUUGUUAGCAAUGAUGACACAUGGACAGCACUAUUCAGUCGGCGAUAA